AUGGAGAACUUCGAGCUGAACUUCCCUAUUGCUAAUAGCACACCUAUUGCUACCCCAAUCAAGAAAACCAAGGCUAUGAAGGAAAAGGGUAAAAGUCGUGAAGAGGUGUUCUUCAGACACCUGGAUUCGCGACAAAUUCCAGAAGACAAAGUUUCCAACCAAGAAAUGAAUGCGCGUCUACCGAAGAUUCACAAAAGAGCCUCAAUUGAAAUACUAGAAUUCUAA